CCCUUCUCCGCCUGCCCAAAUAUCGUGGAAGAGGCAGGCUUGCUUUGUUCCCGGGGAUGCUUGCUCGUUGACCCAGCACGUACGCUACGGAACAUCUGAGGUGGUGUGGCGACCGAGGCAAACGAGCCACAGCAUCGCACAUAGUUAGCAAGCAUUUCCCGUUCUUAUCAUCUUGCCGGGGGCAUGGAGACCGACGUGUCGGGCUCUUCCCGCGCGUUGUCUUCACGUUACGGCAUAGAGGGCCAGCAAUCCCCUGCAAAUUCGGAUGAUCUGGCCGACUUGAUUCAAGCUGUAUCCGACUCGAGGAUCGUCUCGUAUUCGCUUGCUGCCUCCAUCGCUUGGCUCUUGUAUGACAUAUUCAUCACGUUUCCACAAGAGUUGACUCUCAUUUGGAGGCGGAAGAUGACGGCUCACAAAGCCCUGUACAUUGUCACGAGAUACUAUACCCUGUUGAUACUCUUAAUAUGUUUCAAAUACUCAGUCGACAUUCAUGUGAAGACGCGGACGAGAUUUUGUCAUGUAUAUGUUUGGUUCGAAGGCUUCCAUACCUCAGUCUUCCCGCUCGCCGCGGGCGACCUCAUGCUUGCCAUGCGGGUCGCAGCCUUAUACCGGCACAACGUUAAAGUGCGGCUGCUGAUCGCCUACCUAUACCUAUCCACCGUAUCCGCCUCGAUAUUCGCGUGGGCGUAUAAUCUAUCGACGGUGCACCCGUUGGCGGUACCGCCGGAGGUUCCUAUUCCCGGCUGUGUCAUCACCGCGCCGAAACACUUGUUUGCCGCGGUCGGAUGCAGCAUAUGGAACAUUAUCACAGCGUGUAUGUUGGUCGGCAUGACCUUUUACAAGACGCAUCAGAACGAAAACGCGAGUCUCGGGUUGAGCUAUCGCGACCGACGGAGAUUGAUGCCCAACCUGGCGCUCAUGGCACGGGAUGGGCUUAUCUGGUUUACGGUGGUCAUAUGUGUGCUCGGCUGCACCGUCGCCGUGAUGUUCGUGUGGCGGACCAGAACGCUCUCCGGGAUCUAUUUUGGGUUCCUGCUGAACUCGUACGCGACCGCGUCGUGCCGGUUGCUCCUUAACCUGAGAGGUUCCAUCUGGGGCGCGCCUGGCGUACCGUCCGACGUCGAUGUGGACCUAGAAGACGUCCCGCUGCCGACGGACCCCGCCAGCCGACGGUGGUUGGAUAUGCCGCACCCGGAGUUGGAUUCACACGAGGGAGCGCAGGGGAGCGGGACGGGGACGCCGAUGCCGAGCAGCGCGUCGAGCGCGCCUGGCGAAUUCGAGCUCCCUGCGCUGGACGUGGGUCGGAGAGCAGACGCUUGGAGUAUAGAACUGCAGAAUAGAUGA